AUGCUCCUUCUCUCCGGCUUGUACUUUGACGCAAGAAUGGCACGGAGUGACACGGAAGCGUCGCGGCUGACUGAGGCGGAGCUGGCGCAGGUGAUGCGGCGGCGGCAGGAGGGCAAAGAGCUGCGGACGCUGCUGGGGAACCUGAUGAGAGACAACGCGCAGCUUCAGAGGGCUGCCGACCGCUCCGCAGCGAUGACGCGGGGCCUGCCACGGCGCCAGGCAGGACCGCUGCGUAGCCUUACAGGUCUGCGGCAGCGCAGUGCCUCAUUGGCAGGCGAGAUGGAGGCCCUGAAGAACUUCCCCGCGCGGGUGGAUCAACGCGUGAGUUUCAUGCGCUGCGUGGGCGGUGUGGGGUUUGGCUGCCUUGCUGCUGGAGGUAUCGCUGCCCUCACGCCGUCCCGCCGGGGGAGUGCCAGCUGCGGCGGCAGCACGAAUGGCGGUGGUGGUGCCGGUGCAUCGUUGCUGCAGCAGGAGCAGCAGCGAUCACGCAGAGACACGGUGAGUGGGGGGAGGGAGGGGGGGUGA